AUGGACAAGGACCGCCCUUCGGAAAGUAGUCAGCACGCCGUCCGAAGGUGCAACUGCGCGAGUCUCCGCCUGGGACCGUCCGCUGGCCCCCUGCUGCAGGGGAGCCACGGGCACGCAGCGCGCCACGCACGCCCGAGCCCUAGCUUCUCCCGCGACCGUAGCUCGAGCACACCGCUCCUGGCCAAACCUAGCGAAGCGCGGCGCCGACGGCGCAACCUCGGCCACGCCUGCAGCCCGCUACCACGCACCCUCCCGUGUGCCUCCGUCACUGCCUCCGCGGUCGCGAGCAGGAGCCACCCGCUCCUGACGGACUACAACCCGGCGCCGCUCGUCGACCCGAGCGGCGAGGACCCGAAGGACGACCUCCGGCGCGGCACCCGCACCCACGCGGCGCGCCGCGGCGACGAGCGACGCCGGCGGCGACGGGCGGCGCGCGACGGGUCCGGGACCGACGGCAGCGGGCCGCUCCCGCGCGUGAGGCUCAUGGACAUCUGGGGGCGCUUCAUCCGCGACCGCGAGGCCCAGAACGGCGUCGCGGGCGCCGUUGCCGGCGCGAUGACUGCGGUGUUUGUCUGCCCGCUCGACGUGCUGAAAACGCGGCUGCAAGUGCAGGCCAUCGGCACGGAGCAGCGCUACGGCACGGUGAUGGGCGGGCUGCGGACGAUCGUGCGGCAGGAGGGCACGCGCGCGCUGUACCGCGGGCUCACGCCGACGCUGCUGGCGCUGCUGCCCAACUGGGCGGUGUACUUCUCUGCGUAUGAGCGUCUGAAGACGGGCAUCAACAACGCCGCGAACGACAACUGGCGGCACACCCCCGCGGUGCACAUGGCCGCGGCGUGCGGCGCCGGCGUGGCCACCGUCGCCGUCACCAACCCACUCUGGGUGGUCAAGACGCGCCUGCAGACGCAGAACAUGGCCCUCGGGAACCUCGAGCGCCCGCUCUACAAGGGCUGCAUCGAGGCGCUCGGCCGCAUCGCCCGCGAGGAGGGCAUCCGCGGCCUGUACAGCGGCCUCGCGCCCUCCCUCGUGGGCCUCUCCCACGUGAUGAUCCAGUUCCCCAUGUACGAGUGGUGCAAGACGACCAUCCUGCGGCUCGACGGCGACAGCACGGACCGCCGUCUGACGGCGCCGCAGCUCGUGCUGGCGUCGGCCAUCUCCAAGGCGGUUGCCUCGACUGCGACGUACCCGCACGAGGUGGUGCGCUCGCACAUGCACGUGCUGGGGCACGGGCCGUUCGGGGGGUUCAAGGCGGUGUGCCGGAAGAUUCUCCAGGAGGAGGGUAUUGUUGGGUUCUACCGGGGGUGUGCCACGAACCUGCUGCGGACCACGCCCGCGGCGGCGCUGACGUUCACGACGUUCGAGCUGAUCUCGAGCCACCUCCGGAGCAUGACGGAGAUGGCGCUCGAGGCCGAGAAGGCCCACGGGAAGAGCUAG